UCCAGUUUAAACGCUUCUAAGUACCCGGAUUAAAGUGGAGUUGUCAGAUUGACAGCAACUUCGCCCAAUAGUAUUGUAGGGAGGCGUAUCAUUUCCACAGACAAGCCAAUCAGCUCGCAGGGAGUCGCCGUCGCCAGGGUGAAAACGGAAGUCGGGCUCUCGCGUGCCGCCAUGGAGUCGCUCUCGCAGCAGCUGGAGCGGUUCUCAGAGGUGCUGGCUGUCUCCCGCACCGCCCAUGUUCGCAGCUGGGACCCCGCGACGGUGCGCAGGGCCCUGCAGUGGGCUCGCUACCUGCGCCACGUCUACAGGCGCUUUGGCCGUCAUGCCGGCAUCCGCUUGGCCCUGGAGCCCCAGAACAGCUUCCUGGAGGUGAUAGCGGCCGCGCUGCUGCUGCCGCCUUCGUCGCCCCCCGGACCCCCCCAAGAGGAGCUGGAACUGGAAAGCCCCCAGGCCCCGGGAGAGGGGCGUCACGAGCUGGUUCAGUGGCUUCUGGGCCAGGCAGACACCAUGGCUGCUUUUUGCCACAGCCUCCCGGCCGGGCUUUUAACUUCAGUGGUGGGUCGCCACCCGGAGCUCGUCCAGGUCUACCUGGGUCUGCUGACCGACUGGGGCCGACGGCUGCACUACGAUCUCCAGAAGGGCGUGUGGGUUGGCGCUGAGGCCCGAGAGGGGCCCUGGGAGGAGUUGUACAGCCGGUUUCAGAGCCUCUGUCAGGCCCCCUCGCCCCUGAAAGAUGAAGCUCUACGUGCCCUGGAGACUUGUAAGGCACAGGAUGGAGGUUUCGAAGCCCCUGGCCUUAGCAUCUGGACAGACCUGUUGUUAGCUCUUGGGAGCGGUGCGUGAUGCUGCAUUUGGGAAAAGACAAGGUCUAGGUCUCAGCCCAAGCCCAGUUCUAUAUGGGCAGCAUUCUCUAUUGACUACUUGAAUAUAUGGUUUACAAAAUUAAAAUUUCAGUGUUGCCACCAAA